CCACGUCUAUAUUCAAACCUGACAUGUUUCAUACUUGACAACUCGUCCGCUGUGACGCAAUUUAAAUAAAAGAUAGCCAAUGCUAACAGCUAACAGGGUACGUCACUGUGUGAAUCGCACCUUAGUUUUGCAGGAUCACUUCUGUGUCGUGUUGUGUCAUGAAAGUGAUGAGGCGAGCAGUCAAAAACUAAACGUUGUUUACAUUGUUUUAGGAUUUAAAAAAAAAAUGAUUUCUCGUUGACGUCGCCAGUAUUUUCACUCUCGGUUGUAUUUUGGUUUUAUUGGUAAGUGGAUGUGAGCCGGAGUUGGAUGUUCAGGAGAUUCUGGUUACAAAGUUGUUCUGCACGGUCAAACUUACUCAUGUCCUUCAUACUGCCACUACACUUUUUGUUUUCAUGUUUGCUUACAUUAUGUGCAUAUUGUGUAUGUUAUGUACAGACUUCUGUAUUAUGUAUACUCUUAUUUAUGUUUUGAUUAACUUCAAUUCAUCCCACACUGCACCACCGCCCCUCACCCUGCACUGGCCCCUGGUGGUACAUGGCUCGAAUCCGACUCCAGGCACUGGUACUCUCCUACCGUGCUGCGAAUGGCUCCGGCCCUUCCUACAUCCAGAACAUGGUCAAACUUUACACCCCAGCCCGUCCACGCCGCUCUGCUCCUGCCAAACGGCUUGUUACUCCCUCACCUGUUCAGACUGCACCUUAAUCCACAAUUCAAUUAAGCUCAGUAUCCAUGGAGACACCAGAGCCCGGGCCAGCAGACGGAGAGGAGCGUCUGGUGGACCUGCGACCUCGGACCCGCUCCAACCCUGAGGGCGCUGAGGACCGUCGCAGCAGCACAGGCAGCCUGGGCGGCAACAGUAACCUGAACAUACCUCAGCCCGCAGUGGGCAGUCGUGUGGAGGGGGAGGGCGAGGCUUCGACCAGCGACAGUCCACCGAGCUCUACCACCACGACGGUCUCAACAGCAGCGGCUCCGACUGUAGUUCCCGCUGCAGCUGCGGUCGCGGCUGCGGCCAGUGCCACAGGGCCCCUGUCUACUGCAGCUGUUGCAGCCAAAGAGAGGCCGAAGCCCACACAGCAGCAGCAGCCUGCACUGACGACCCCCGUCCCCCCACCAGCAGAGUACCAGCUCCGGGUCCCCCGUGUCAACUGCCCAGAGAAAGUGAUUAUCUGCUUAGACCUUUCUGAGGAGAUGUCUUUGCCGAAGUUAGAAUCUUUUAACGGAUCAAAAACUAAUGCCCUGAACAUAUCGCAGAAGAUGAUCGAGAUGUUUGUCCGAACCAAACACAAGAUUGACAAACGACAUGAGUUUGCCCUUGUUGUAGUCAAUGAUGAUGCCCUGUGGCUGUCAGGCUUCACGUCUGACCCCAGGGAGCUGUGCAGCUGCCUGUAUGAUCUGGAAACCAACGUGUGCGAGUCCUUCAACCUGGAAGAUCUUCUUAACGUAAUUCGCCUGAAAAUCGAGCUACCGUUGAUGGAGAAUGUUCAAACCAUCCCACCCCCCUAUGUGGUGCGGACUGUGCUCAUCUACAGCCGACACACAGGCCAGCUUCAGUUCAACCCUUCUGAGGCUGUUAGUAAAAUGCUCCAGUCUCCAUAUUUUUUCUUCGACGUGGUCUAUCUACACAACGGGAUGGAGGAGCAAGGGGAUGAGACGAGCUGGAGGGACAAUUACACAUCUUUCUGCAACCUGGACUCAAAGGGCAUGUGCUAUCGCUUUGAGGUUUCCCUUAGCGGACCUGCAAUCGAGCUGCACAACUGCAUGGCCAAACUUCUUGCACACCCCUUGCAGAGACCUUUCCAGAGUCAUGCAUCCUACAGCCUGCUGGAGGGGGAGGACCCCCAGGACAUUGAGGCAACAGUUUAAAACGGGGAUGCACUCAAAAAGCACUGCUUCUCUGUGAAAGGUACACACUGUAGUUUAAAAAUGCCCUUAUUACUAAGGGUUGUUUUCCAUCUCGUGGUACAGAUCAAUAAUUCUUUAGACGGUCACUAUUUACACAGUCAUUGUGUUUCAGUAACACUAAAUGAGUAAUUUAUUGUUCUAAACUGGGGAAAUAAUACAAUAAUCUGGUUGUUAGAGGGGAAAUCAAAGGUCCUCUGGGGAUGAAGUGAUGAAGUGGAUGUCAGCGUGUCCAGGAGCAGGAAACGAGUAGAAAAGAUAAGAUUACCAUUUUCUUUCAAAUCUUAGACCGCACUGAUCUUUCGGUUUCUCUCAAAGGAGGGGGAAGCAAUCAAACUACAGCACCUAUGGCAGUUUUCAAUGGCAGGCCUUUGGGGAUUUUGAAGAAAUGAACUGUAAUAUGAUUUACUGUAUCAUGGAGGUUACAACUUCUGUAAUAUUUCCUUCCUCUUUUAGAUGGUAAUUUUCCACAUUUGUUGCCUGUUUUAGUCAAAUUUUUUUAAUUUUAUUAUAGGGUUGUUUUGAUAAUUUGUUCAUUUGUCACUUGCAUGUCACACAGGCAAUGAAAGAAUGUACAGUAAUAUAGAUGCGGCCACUCUGUGUCUUAGGUGGUUUAAUUAUGAAAAAAGCCUCUUAUACAGCCGGUCUUGGCUGCACUUAAACACAAUGUAUAGAUGAGCUUUUUGAAGUCCUUUCUGGCUAUUUCAGUCAUAUUUUUCAUGUGCAGAGACGCAGGUGUGUGUUGCAUUUUGUGUUUAUGUGUACUGCUUUUUUGGCAGCAGAUGGCAGCAGUUUCCCUCGUGAGAUAAAGCCAACUCUGAAUUCAAA